UUUUAAACCGAGAUGAAAGCUGUAUUAUUUUUUCUGGUUGUAAAGGUUGUGUCCAUACAUGGACAUGCUUUUCUAAUGGACCCUCCUUACAGGGCUUAUGCAGCUGGAUACUCCACACCCCAAGGAAUGAACUGUGGAGGGAUAUCGCACCAAUGGGAUCGAAGUGGAGGUGUAUGUGGUGUCUGUGGCGAUGCUUAUGGUGGAGUUCAAAAUAACAUGGCUGGUGGUAAAUUUGCUACUGGUGCUGUCACGGCAACUUACAAUCAAGGUCAGACUAUCGAUGUCACAGUCAAAAUCACUGCGAACCAUUUAGGAUUUUUCAACUUUAGUCUGUGUGUCAACAACGACUUCACCGAGAAAAUAACAGAAGAAUGUCUGUCAAAACAUCCACUUACCAUCACAGACCCAGACAAUGGGUUCACUGGAUUAGAAUGGGACCUCCCUAGUGGCGUCACUCUAAAAACUCUCAAACUACAUCUACCAGCCGAUGUGCACUGUACACAAUGUGUACUUAGAUGGUACUGGAAAGGAGGAAAUAACUGGGGUAGAGAUCCUGUGACUGGUAUAGGCUGUAAGGGAUGUGCAGAAAAACAGGAAUGUUUCGUUAACUGUGCUGACAUAGAAAUUGUUAGUAAUGGACAACCUGCACCAACCGCCCGACCAGCUGCCACAACCAAAGCCACUAACGCAAAUAAUGUUGGUGAUGUAGCAGGUGGAUGUCAAGGAACGGUGGCACCCCGACCAGUAAACGGCAAACAAUGUACAUCAAAAGAUCCCAGUCUACAAGAUGAGGCUCUUUGGUGUCAGAAAAUGUGCUCCGAAACACCGUUGUGUCCAACAUCCCACUGUGUUUGCAUGUAGAAUUGAAUUAUUGCAAGAGACAACAGAACAAUAAUUAGACUAUAUCAAUUUCUGUUAGAACCAUAUAUCUUAUAAUUAUAUCUCCAGGAAAACGUUUCACAGAUUGAUCAAAUACAUUCCUGACUUUCCCUACUCAUUUGUAAUGUGUUUGACGAUCACUAAUUCAUAUUUGUCCCUUUAUAUUCACAGAGUUAGUCUCUUAUUUUCUGUUUUGUUUGGUUUUUUAAUUUAGUUCUGCAGUGAAGUGUUUGCAUGUCUUAGUUUUUCCCCCAAGCACUUUCUCUUAUUUUUCCCGCUUAUUAUAUAUUACAACAAAUUGGACACUCUUGUCACUUAUGUUAGAUGAAUUCUCUACUGAAUCAUCUUAAAAUGUCAUAUGAAAAAGACAACUCUACUAAUAAAAUAUUUUUUUCUGGA